UCUUUCAUGCACAUCGCACUGUGUUAUCAUUUUUAUUCGUUGAUAUUCGCGUAACGCGUUGUGUAUUUCCUCUGCUCGUGAGUUGACUAUUCUCUAUUUGAUUUGUCCCAAUAUUAGCAUUAAUUAUGGAUGCGGUAAUCGACACGAUUCCUCAAUUAAUCAAAGAUAUUGAACAACUGGAAAACUUGAAAGCGGAAAAGGAAAAUGAACGCCUAGCGUUGGAAUCAACAAAUAAAAAACUUAAAUACAGAUUGAAGUUUUUGAAAGAGGCUUCAGCCAAUGCAUCAAAAAUGAAUGCUUUUGAUACUCAAGAGUGUUCUUUGAUUAAUAUACAUGUUAUAUUAAUCAAUUAUUUUUCUAAAGCAAUUAAAACUGCUUAUCCAAACUUAGAAGAUUUUGGCCAACCUGCUGUUACUGCGGGUAGCAAAUUUGCUGAUUACCAGUGUAAUGCAUCUAUGCAAAUCUGUAAACUACUGAAAGCAAAAGGUGAAAAUGUGUCACCCAAUGCAGUAGCAAAAAGAGUUGUAGAAUGUCUAGAAAAAUGCGAUAUCAUUGAAAAAGUAGAUGUUUCUGGGCCAGGAUUUAUUAAUGUAUGGUUAGGUCGUAACAAACUACGUGACAUUUUACAGUUUAUCUUGGAUAAUGGGUUGAAAGCAAAACCUACUGUUAAUAAACAGAAGAUUGUAAUAGAUUUUUCAUCACCUAAUGUUGCAAAAGAAAUGCAUGUCGGUCAUUUAAGGUCAACAAUUAUUGGUGAUAGUCUAAGUCGAGUAUUUGAAUUUAUUGGACAUGAUGUAUUGAGAUUAAAUCAUAUUGGAGACUGGGGGACUCAAUUUGGAAUGCUGAUUGCACUACUUCAAGAUAAGUUCCCUAAUUACAAGACUGAGUCACCUCCUAUAAAUGAUUUGCAACAGUUUUAUAAACAAUCUAAGGUGCUAUUUGAUAGUGAUCCAGAGUUCAAAAAACGUGCAUAUGAUUGUGUGGUAAAACUUCAAAGCAUGUCACCAGAUCAUGUUCAAGCUUGGAAAUUAAUUUGUGAUGUGUCACGACGUGAGUUUCAAAAAAUAUAUAAUAGACUAAACAUUAAUAUCGUUGAAAGGGGAGAAUCCUUUUACCAAAGCCGAAUGGAAAAUUUAGUUAAAGAAUUAGAAGAUAAAGGAUUUCUAGAGAAUGAUGAGGGUCGUAAAAUUAUGUGGGGUCCAGAGUGUUCUAUACCAUUAACUAUAGUAAAAUCAGAUGGUGGAUUUACUUAUGAUACAUCAGAUUUCGCAGCUUUAAAACAAAGAAUCGAAGAGGAGAAAGCUGAUUGUAUUCUUUACAUUACUGAUGCUGGUCAAAGUACACAUUUUGAUACCUUGAAAAAAUGUGCUAUACGUGCCAACAUUUUAGAUCCAUCACGAGUUCGUAUGGAAUUUAUCGGUUUUGGUGUAGUGUUAGGAGAAGACAAGAAAAAAUUUAAAACCCGUUCGGGUGAGACAGUAAGGCUAGUUGGCCUUCUAGAUGAAGGUAUUAAACGAGCAAGAGAUAAAUUAAUAGAAAAAGGUAGAGAUAAAAUAUUGACUGAAGAAGAAAUGAAGCAGGCAGAAACUGCAGUUGCUUAUGGUUGCAUUAAAUAUGCUGAUUUGUGUCAUAAUAGAAGCCAUGAAUAUGUAUUUUCUUUUGAUAAAAUGUUGGAAGACAGAGGCAAUACGGCUGUAUACUUGCUAUAUGCCUUAACCAGAAUAAGGUCUAUUAUUAAUAAUUUGGGUACUCAUUGUGAAAACAUAAAUCAACCUAUUUCACUUGACCAUGAAAAAGAAUGGAAAUUGGCCAAGACAUUGUUACGGUUUUCUGAAGUAUUAUCAAAAAUUACUGAAGAUUUUUGUCUUCAUCAUUUGUGUGAAUAUCUUUAUGAUGUAGCUACAACAUUUAACGAAUUCUAUGACAACUGUUAUUGUAUUGAAAAAUCUCAAACUGGUGAAAUUAUCAAAGUGUUUACUGGAAGAAUUUUAUUGUGUAAAAUUACUGCAGAGUACAUGAACACAGGAUUAAAUUUAUUGGGAAUCAAUACUGUAUCUCGUAUGUAGUGUACUAAUUUGUAAAUAAACAACAUAAAUAUUAUAUUACAAAUAA